AUGGAAAGUGAUGUAUCGUCGAAGAUGAGUUUUCCCAUAUACAUUAAUGGACUCAUGUCAAUUGCCUCAUACUUCUUGACAGUUCAAUUGAUACCGAAAUUGACAGAUAUGUUCAUCAAAGGUAACCUAUACGGUAUUGAUAUGAACAAGAAAAGUGGUGGUAGAAUACCGGAAGCACUGGGAGUUGUAACAGGAUGUGUGUUUCUCAUCACAAUGUUUUUAUUCAUCCCUGUUCCAUUCAGCGAUUACAUAUUCAAAAACGCAGACUUUCCCCAUAAUGAGUUUGUGGAAUUGUUAGCAGCGCUUUUAUCAAUAUGCUGUAUGCUGUUAUUGGGAUUUGCUGAUGAUGUUCUGGAUCUCCGAUGGAGACAUAAAUUAUUACUACCCACAAUUGCAUCCUUGCCACUUCUGAUGGUUUACUAUGUGAAUUUCAAUUCCACAUUGAUCAUAGUUCCUAAGCCAUUGCGGACCUGGUUUGGAUUUUCCGUCGAUCUUUGGUUACUCUAUUAUUUAUAUAUGGGGAUGCUUGCGGUAUUUUGUACAAACGCUAUCAACAUACUGGCUGGCGUUAAUGGGUUGGAAGUUGGACAAAGCCUGGUUAUAGCGGCCAGCAUAUCGAUCUUCAAUUUAUUGGAAUUAUCUGGGAGUUUAUGGAAAGCACAUCAGUUUUCACUAUACUUCAUGCUACCGUACAUGGCUACAUCACUCGCUCUGUUCAAAUAUAACUGGUAUCCAUCGCGGGUUUUCGUAGGAGACACUUUUUGCUACCUUUCUGGAAUGACCUUUGCUGUUGUGGGCAUAUUGGGUCAUUUUAGUAAGACAAUAUUACUAUUUUUCAUACCGCAGGUUUUCAACUUUUUGUACAGUAUACCUCAGUUAUUUCAUCUGGUACCAUGCCCAAGGCACAGACUUCCUAGAUACAAUAAGGAUACCGACAAAUUGGACAUCAGUGUCACAGUUUUCGAGAAGUCAGAUUUAACUCUGCUUGCUAGACUUUGCAUGUGGGUAUUUCGCACAUUGAGAAUCGUUAAUUGGAAGGAAGACAAACAAGGUGUGGUGACGUGUAAUAAUUUGACAUUGAUUAAUUAUAUCCUACUAAUUAUCGGUCCCACAUCUGAGCCAAGGUUAACUAUGAUCCUUAUAGCGGUGCAGGUAAUUUUGAUUUCCAGUAAACUAGAAGGGCUUUUGUUACCUUCCUUUAUACUCAUCUUUCAAUUUCUGAAUGAUAUCAAAUUUAUCGGUAUUCAAAUUUUCAGAUCGUUAGCAGUGCUUUGGCUUUCAUGAUCAGAUAUCCACUGGCUUCUGUAUUCUACGACAUUUAGAAGAAAAUUGUUGUUCAUAACAAACCUUUUGCUUUCACGCAGUAGCAGUUACUAUCAUAGGUUUGCUAACUGUUCUGGGUAACUGAAGAUCACUGAGAUAAAAAGAAUUGUACUAUUUUGUAUAUAGGUAAUAUGGUCUCAGGAAGUAUCUAAAUAUUUUUGAAUGCAUAGGACCGUACUUGAUCGGAAACGUGUCUAGUGAGACGUAUGCUAUUUUGUAUCUAGUGUAAAAAUUAUUUUCAACUCAUUUAUGUUAUGCUCACGAAAAAUAACUGGUGAUAAUAUUUUAUUUUGCAUUAUUUUUGACGUAUCACAGAGGUGCCGUGUCAUCCCUUAGUUUUCAUGUCUUUGAUGUGUGAAACUAUUGUCGAUCAUCAAAUUUAAAAUCUUCAUGAUUAUUACAUGCAAUAAAAUGAAUUAUCAAACUG